AUGCUGUCCUGCCGGCUGCAGGGCGCCCUCGCCCUGCUCUCCAUCGCGCUGGCGCUGAGCGGCGUCUCGGGGGCGCCCUCGGACCCGCGGCUCCGGCAGUUCCUGCAGAAGUCACUGGCUGCGGCAGCGGGGAAACAGGGGAGAGAACUGGCUAAGUACUUCUUGGCAGAAUUGCUCUCAGAGCCAAGCCAGACAGAAAAUGAAGCCCUGGAGCCUGAGGACUUGUCCCGAGGAGCUGAACAGGAUGAAGUGAGGCUGGAGCUGGAGCGAUCUGCUAACUCCAACCCAGCCUUGGCACCCAGAGAACGCAAAGCAGGGUGCAAGAAUUUCUUCUGGAAAACAUUCACAUCCUGUUAG